CCCGGGGGGGAUGGAUGGGUGACGCAUCUCGUGGUAACAACAUCGCGCAAUUUCUGCUCCGGGCACCGCUGCUGAAAUCCACGGAAGUAAUCUCACGUCGACGUUUCACACGGCGUUUCUCCGUGUCAACGCUCCUCGUGCGUCCUGUAUGGCCCUGUGGUGACACCCAGGUCCGCGCGGUCGCGACCCGAAGAUGGCCCGGGAUGCGGGCGUCGUCUACCUGCUGAUCGUGAUCGCGCACCUGUGCUCGUGCGCGCGUUACGCCAAUUAUAACGAGUAUCGCCUCGAGAGCGAUAGGAUCUGUCAUAUCCUGAACAAGAAGCACACGCUCGACAUGCUUAACGGCGCCGCGGCGAUCGUCACCCCGCAUCACAUGUUCGACCGCUGGCUCGUCAACGCUGAUCGCCACUGCAGGUUCGUCUUCAGGACCGGCAAGAGCGAGGGCCUCUUCGCGGUUGUUCAGAAGAUGGCUUUCCGUCGCGACGGUGAUCGUUGUAUCGAUUACGUACGGUUCAAGAGAAGCGAUGGCCAUUACACGAAACAGAUCUGUGGGGAUAUAGAUCGUAGCCAGACAAUGUAUCUUCCGGUUCCUGAGCCCGAGAACGAUUCGGAUUACACAAAUGAUAGCCGGUCAUACAAUUAUGAUAUGUAUGCGGAAUAUGAUCCUGUUCGACAUUCUGUUGCAACAUGGAAACCAUGGAGUACAGAGACUGCCACAAUAGAAACUGAAAUAUAUAUUUCUAAGGAAAAAGUGCCAGACGGACAAUCUUUGGAUCUUAUUAUAGCUUAUACCCCAUACAAAAGUUGCAAUCAGGCAGAUUCCCAGGAAUACAAGCUGGUCGGACAGAACAAUUGCAUUCGGAAGGAAUACCUAUGCGACAAGAUCUACAACUGUCCUCACGGCAUAUGUUCGGACGAGGAAAAUUGCGUGGUCAACGAUCGAUACCCCAAGGACGAUACCGCCACGAAAGUCACCGUAGGAGCGGUCACUACCAUGAUCCUCUGUUUCAUUAUCUUCGUUAUGUGUCUGUGGAUCUGCAAGAAAUCGCAAAAGUUGUGCUGGUCGUCGGAUUGCGCUGGCCCGAACGCGUGCUCGCGGCCGGUUUCCUUGCCGGACGCCGACGGAGGCCAGGGAUCCAAUCGCGCGGUGCCGACAGCUCCUAUGUUGGAAGUUGCGGUGUCCUCGCCUGUUGCGGACAAAGAUCUGCCACCCAGUUACGACUCGUUGUUCCCCGAACAGAGUAAUCCUGCCAGAUCGUAAGUUAUUGAAUCCGAGGAUGAACUGAGUUUGCAUUAAACAUACCGUCUAAUGUUUUAAUUAGACGCUGUGCGUUGUUACGCACCUGAUGACGUAACUAGACCGAUCCUUCUCUACACAUACACUGUUCUUCAAAGUGCGAGCAGGAUUUUAUUAUGAAAGAAAACGUUCUGAUAAAUUGGUAAAUUAAAUGCAUGCAUCAGUUUCGAUUCUUCAUGUAAUCGACAUUUCCUGGCAGCGUGAGUUAACUCGCAGCUUCAGGAUGCUCUAUUGAUGCUACAGAUAAAUCAGUUAUGACUGUGACGUGAAGCUACGCGACAUUAACUACUGUUCUUUGUUCGUUCUUUGACAAUGGAUGAAGAGAGUUAGUAAAUCAAUGAAUUGCAUGCAUCAAUUUCAAUCAUUUUGUCCAAAGUAAUUCCUCAUAAUUGAAGCAUUGCUGCUCAUCCACCGUCCACAUCCAAUUGCGCCACUGCAUGCAGCACAUUUAUACGCUGUACUGUUAUAGUACUGUUAUAUCAACACCAUGUUCGUUGUUUCUUUUUAUAUAUUAUGAGAUUAUACGAAAUGCAGCGGUUAAUAGGUAGCUCAAUUAAGUUUCUUUUUCCUUAUGUAUAGCUCCAAAGUUUUCGUUUCUUCACUGCAACCUCAUUGAAUUAUGACGUCAGAAACGAGAAAUAAUGUGAUCAAUCAUUUUUUUCUUGCAAUAUACGCUGAAGUAAAUUAGGUUUUUCAUACGCCAUUAUUAGUGUUCAACAGCAUAUUGCAAGAAAAAAAGUUUGACAUAACUUAUGAUUACAGUGAAAAAACAGUAGUCUUAAAUGUGAAUUUCUACGGUUUGUAUUAUUUUCUAAUAUUUAAGAAAUAAUACUACGAGAAUUUUGUUCAUCGAUAACGGCAACGAAGAAAUAGAGGCCUCAAAACAGCUUCUUGGUAUUUGAUGAAAUAUUACAAUUCCGUAUCAAAAUAACGGUGCAGUAUUUUUUAAAUACGUUAAUUGAAUUUACAGCUACAUCUCAUCAGCUUUACAUCUACGCUAGUUUCCCUUAUUUAAGUUAUUUUAUUUGCGACAAUAUUUGAUAUAAUGAUAAUUCUCUAUAUAUCUCGAAAAAAAAAAGAAUCUGAUGAGAUCUGUUGUGUUCAUAGACAAU